GGGCUUCUGAUGAAUGUUCGGUAAAGGUAGAAGAAUCUGGCCAUGGGGAGAAUGAGAAAGAGACAUAACUGGAAGGCAAGGCAGCAAGUACAGUCAACAGAUAAUCCCUCAGAUCCCAAGCAACAUGUGCAAGUGGAGAUUGAAGGAGCUGAGCAGCUAAAAGGACUGGAUGAGAAUAAUGCGCUGGUGUUACCAUCCAAAAAAGGCAAAAAGAAAAAAAUUCAUGAGAAUGUUUCAAUGAAGAAGCCUCUAAGCCGAAAACAGAAGAAAGCACUGCAAAAGGUUCUGGAGCAGAAAGAAAAGAAGAGUCAGAGAGCAGAUAUUCUGAUUAAGCUGAGUGAAGUGCAAGCUUCAGAGAAAGAGCUGAGUCUACUGUAUACUACCUCCAAAUUAGGUACAGGUGAUCGACUAUUCAGUUGUAAACGAUCACUAGAAGAUUCUGAUGGCCCAUCUCAAGGUCACAUAAGCAGCAUCAGUGGAGCCAAUAAGAAGCGCAGGCGACGGUCUGAGGAAGAGGAGGCUAGCGAAGAAUCUGAUAAUGUUGCGCACACUGACAGCUCAAGUGAGGAGGAGGAGAAGGAGGAGGAUGAUGAUGAGGACACCGCAAAUGAGGAAUUGGGGAAGGAUCUGGAUAAUGACAAUUCCACAGUGCAGCCUGUAGCAAUACCAGCCUUACAAAGCUCUCAUCCAGAAGCCAAGCCUCUUCCUACAGAAAAGCAACCAUCAACAACCCCCUCAUCAGAACCAGCUAUUUUUAUCCCUGUGGACAGGACUCCUGAAAUUCAGGAGGCCAGGUUAAAACUUCCGAUUCUAGCAGAGGAACAAGUCAUUAUGGAAGCCAUAAACGAAAACCCUGUUGUAGUUCUGUGUGGAGAGACUGGCAGUGGAAAAACCACCCAGGUGCCACAGUUUCUGUACGAAGCUGGAUAUGGAAGUAACAAUGACAUAAUAGGUAUUACUGAACCACGACGUGUAGCAGCAGUGACCAUGUCACAGAGGGUGGCAAUGGAAAUGAACUUGCCUCAAAGUGUGGUCUCUUAUCAAAUCCGAUAUGAAGGGAAUGUCUCUUCUGAGACCAAAAUAAAGUUUAUGACAGACGGUGUCCUGCUGAAAGAAAUUCAAAAGGAUUUCUUGUUAAGCAAGUACAAAGUCAUAAUAAUUGAUGAAGCUCACGAGAGGAGCGUGUACACCGAUAUUUUAAUUGGCCUCUUAUCACGCAUUGUUCCUCUCCGCACAAAGAAAGGGUGUCCUUUAAAAUUGGUGAUUAUGUCCGCUACCCUGCGUAUUGAGGAUUUCACUGAAAACAAGAGGCUUUUCCCUGUGCCUCCUCCAGUAAUUAAAGUGGAUGCCAGGCAGUUCCCAGUCACUGUCCACUUCAAUAAGCGUACCCCAUUGGAUGAUUAUACUGGGGAGUGUUUUAGAAAGAUCUGCAAGAUUCACAGGAUGCUUCCUCCAGGAGGCAUCUUGGUCUUCCUCACAGGACAAGCAGAGGUGCAUUCCCUUUGUAGGCAGCUGAGAAAAAGGUUUCCGUAUAGUGGAAGAAAUCAAGCAAAUUCCAUAGAAGAAGAUGAGGACUCUUUAGAAACUAUAAAAGGUCACAAGAAAUCAAAACACAGAAAAAACAUAACUUUGCCUAAAAUAAACCUGGACAACUAUUCAGCGUUGCCACUGGAUGAAGGAGAUGAAGACCGAGAAGCUGGAGGAGACGAUGAUGAAGAAGGGGAGGGAUCAGAUUCUGAUCUGGAUUUAGGAGAUGGCGGAUCUGGUGAAGAUGAAAAAGCAGACUCCUCCCUUCCGCUCUUUGUGCUGCCAUUAUACUCGCUGUUGGCUCCUGAAAGACAGGCCCAGGUAUUCCGCCCACCACCCAGUGGUACCAGGUUAUGUGUUGUGGCCACCAAUGUGGCAGAAACGUCCCUUACUAUCCCUGGGAUAAAGUAUGUGGUUGACUGUGGUAAAGUAAAGAAGAGAUUUUACGACAAAGUGACUGGUGUAUCCUCUUUCCGUGUGGAAUGGACGUCACAAGCCUCAGUUGAUCAGAGAGCUGGAAGAGCAGGACGUACAGAACCUGGUCACUGCUACAGGUUAUAUUCAUCAGCUGUCUUCAGUGAUUUUGAGCAGUUUUCUCACCCUGAAAUAACUAGGCGUCCUGUUGAAGAUCUAGUUCUUCAAAUGAAGGAUUUGAAUAUUGAAAAGGUAGUAAAUUUUCCAUUCCCUACACCUCCAUCUGCUGAUUCCCUGAUUGCAGCAGAGGAAUUGCUGAUCUCUUUGGGAGCAUUGCAGGACCCGCCAAAGACUGGCAGAUUAAAUGUUCUACAGAAGGCUAAACUCAGCAGUCCAAUCACUCCUCUAGGGAAGACCAUGGCAUCAUUUCCAGUAGCUCCACGCUAUGCUAAAAUGCUUGCUCUGGGGAAGCAGCAUGAUUGCUUACCUUACAUUAUUACUAUAGUGGCAGCUAUGACUGUGAGAGAACUGUUUGAAGAGCUGGACAGACCAGCAAUUAGUGAUGACGAGAAAGAGACACUGAAAGCCAAGAAGGCUCGAGUGUUACAGAUGCAGAGGAUAUGGGCAGGGCAGGGCCCCGCUCAAAAGCUUGGUGACUUGAUGGUUAUGUUAGGUGCAGUAGGUGCAUGUGAAUACUCAGGCCUGACUCCCAAAUUCUGUGAAAGUAAUGGCCUGAGGUUUAAGGCCAUGAUGGAGAUACGACGUUUAAGAGGACAACUUACCACAGUUGUAAAUUCACUGUGCCCUGAUGUCGCCAUAUUCCUCGAUUCUAAGAUGCCACCACCUACAGAAAGCCAAGUGAACUAUUUGAUGCAGAUUGUCAUGUCUGGUUUAGGUGAUCACAUUGCCAGGCGGAUUCGUCCAGAAGAACUUCUCAAUGAGAAGUGGAGGAAUGCUUAUAAGACUCCUCUUCUUGAAGAUCCAGUGUUCAUCCAUCCAAACUCUUCCCUAUUUAAGCAGCUUCCUGAUUUUGUAGUUUACCAGGAAAUUAUUGAAACCACAAAGAUGUACAUGAAAGGAAUUUCAUCCAUAGAGUCUGAGUGGAUUCCUGCUCUGCUUCCACAAUACUGUCACUUUGCAGACCCCCUGGAAAACCCUCCACCAUUUUUUUGUGCUGAAACGGGAAGAAUAAAAUGUCACAGGACGAGUACUUUCUAUCGAGUUGGAUGGCAGCUGCCCGCUGUGAUUGUUGAUUAUCCAGAAGGUCUAGAACGUUACAAAUGUUUUGCCAAGUUCUUGUUGGAAGGAAAGGUGGUAAAAAAACUGGGCUCUUAUACCAGCGUUCUUUUAUCAAGCCCCACAACCAUGCUUAAAUCAUGGGCCAAACUACAGCCUAGAACAGAAGUGUUACUAAAGGCCUUGGUUUCCGAGAAUGCAGAUAACCUCGCCUCCCUAUUGGCUGCAUGGAACAAGGACCCAACAUAUUUGCUCCAUGCUUAUUGUCAGUGGAUUCCUGAGGCUGCGCAUGAAGAAUUAUCUAAAAUCUGGCCACCAGUCACCUCUUCUGACUGAGCUUUGGUCUUUAGCUGUCCAUAGAAUGAACACUCACGAUACAAGUUGAUGAACCUUUGCCUAGAUGUGCCUUAAAGACUUCAAAGUCAAGAUCACAUUUCUGAAUCAACAAACUAUAAUAUUCUGUUCACCAGUGUGCUUUUUUAAUGGGUUUCAUACAUUGUUACAAUGUAACUAAGCUGUUCUUAAUGGUUUUUGUGAAUUUCUGUACCAGAAUCUACAUAGGGCCAUAAAGGCCCAUUAUUAUGGAGUACAUACUGUAACAUAUGUACAUACAUCAAAGUGAA